CAGGACCCCUAUGCCUAUGGCAGACAGUGACCAAAGCUUUUCUUCUAUUUAAUCCCAAUAAUGGUGUUCGCACCCAAGCAUGGAGUGCAGUUUAUUAUGGGAGGUUGGUCCCACAAGGUGAUGAGAACCUAAAAGGCUAAAACCAUGAAGCUAAGCCUGAAUUACAAAGCUCUUCUGCUCAUCCUUCUUGUCCUUGUCUAUUCCUCAAAGUUAUCUGCUCGUUUCCUAUUAAGCAAACAAGGGCAAGAGGAGGUAAACGUAGAUGGAAUCACCAGUGAAGGGACGGAGGACAGUGAGUUAAUGAAUCAGCUGACGGGGUUGGAGUUAUGUGAUGGCGGAGACGACGAGUGCUUAACGAGAAGGAUAAUUGCAGAGGCUCACUUGGACUACAUCUACACCCAGAAUCACAAGCCGUGACACUUCAAUUUUAGAAAUUGAAGUGCCAUGUUUGUCUUCGUCCAACUUAGGUCUAGAUUCCUAUAUAAGAUAUAUAAACUAGCUAUAAUAUUCUUCUCAAAAUGGCAAUCGCGUUAAAAAGCUACGAGAAUGGUUCCCAGGUUUCUUCUCUCUGAAAAUGUAACUUUACCCCUACCUAAGUGCAGCUAUGUUCAAUUCUACGUACGUAUAUCAUCCUUUGUAUUGAUGAGUCUACAUAUGUUGGUGUAUGAUUUCUCUGUGUACUUGAUAAUGUAACUACACAAGUAAGCGCAGAGGAAGCCCAUUUCUAUCUCUGUGAUGAUGAAUUUACAGAGUUAAUUCUAUGA